UACAUGGCUGCAAAAUUCGAUGUGACGAAAAACCUUUAAAAGUUUUUGGAUUUUGGAACCAGGCCUUAAUAAGCUUUUUUUGAUGUUUUGUCAGUUUGGUAACACAAGGUUUGGCUCCAUUAGGAGUUGGAGGGAUUAGGCUUGUACUAAUAUACUCCCAAAAUCUCACUCCAACCACAUGUCUGAUGUCUCCAUGUCUCAUGGCCCCAAAACUGUUACUGUAUCAGGGUUUGGGGGUAGAAAAGCCUGAUUAGGGCACAAAUUACCAGGUUGGUUGAAAAGGUUUCCCUUUACCAGGUUUCUCUGCCUGCAAAAACAUAGAAAACCCGGAGGAGGAGCGAGGUUUUUCCUGGCUGGGCAUGCGAAAAAGGUGCAGCGGUUAACCUAUUCUCCAUCACAGCAAGGAACCCCAGGAGAGGGAAAAAGUUGCGUGUGGCGUUUUCACGAGGAGAUGUCACAGUCAACGGCCUUUUUGCAGGCUCGCCACUAGCGUGUCAUUGGUGCUGCUUGUGUGUAUAUAUACACAUACACACGCAGUGGGAGUGGAUACAGAGCAGUUGGAUCGAAGAGAAAGGGCUUUGCUUUCCGUUUUCCUCUCCAAAUGGCUCAUUAGCUCUUGACCGGAAGAGUGAAGGGUGGUGGUGUGGUGCGGGUAGGGGUAGAUGGUUGCCACUCGUUGGUGUGGACAGUGCUGGGUUCCUUGGAGCUUAGCGUGAACUUCAGAAGACGCCAUUUCCUUGGUCUUGGAUCGUCCGGACUCCGGAGCUCUCACUCGUGCUCGGCUUCUUCCUCCCUGCUACUGAGUUCCGGGCGCUGGCCACUAGGCAACAGCAACUGAUCUCUUUCUUGAUUGGUUCUUAAGCUCUGCCACGGCAUGGAGGUGGAGGCUCUGGAGAAGAAGGGGCACACAGCUUUUGCCAAGGCGAUGAAAUCUUUCAGUUCUUCAGAAAGGUACAAGCGAUCCAAGAGCUAUUUUGAGGAUAUGUAUGCUACAGAUGCUUUGCGUUCUUCAGACAAAACAAUUGUUCUACCUAUGCCGCAAGUUGUAAAAGCUAAGGUGAAAAGUGAUAUCAGUAAGGAAGCUCAACCUGGGAGGGGAGCACAAAGCACCUUGAGAAAGGAGAUUCUUCAGCUUGAGAAGCACCUAAAGGAUCAACAGGUUGUGCGUGGUGCACUGGAAAAAGCUUUAGGGCCUAACGCUGCUCAAGUCAACUUGUCACCAGAGAAUCCAAUGCCAAAGGCAGCUAAUGAAUUGAUACGGGAGAUUGCCACAUUGGAGCUAGAGGUGAAGAAUAUGGAGCAGUAUCUCCUGACACUGUACCGGAAAGCAUUUGAGCAGCAAGCGCCUGCAUUUUCUCCCCCUGAUGCUGCUCCUGCAUUUUCUCCACCUGAUCGACGGGAAGCUUCGAAGAUGUCAGUGAGCUCACGUUCCGGGCAGCUCCGGGAAACGCCCGUGGCAAUGAAGUCUUGCAAGAGCAGAGGGGAUGCAGCGCUCCGGUCAAGUUACCCGCCGGUGCAUAAGAAAUUGAAUGAUCCAUUGGCAGAUUGCUGCACAUCCGCUCGCUCUGAUAGAGCGAUUGAUUCAGAUGUCCUCCGCUGCCAGUCUGCGUUGUCAUACCGUGGAGUUUUUUCGUCUAGGAUAUUGCCUUCAGAGGAUGAUAGUCUUGCAAGGGCUCUUCGCUCGUGCCAUUCACAGCCUUUCUCAUUCGUAGAGGAAGGAGAGACUGGUGCAUCAGGAAUGAUAAGCUUAGCAGAGUAUCUAGGAACUAAUGUAGCUGACCACAUCCCUGAAACUCCCAACAACCUGUCAGAGGAGAUGGUGAGAUGCAUGGCGGGGAUAUACUGCAGACUUGCAGAUCCUCCCUUGGUUCACCAUGGCUCGUCGUCUUCGCCAUCGUCGUCGUUCUCCUCAACUAGUGCAAUCUCUCCACAGUAUGUGGGGGACAUGUGGAGUCCCCAUUACAGGAGAGAAACAACUCUGGACUCCCGUUUGAUAAACCCAUUCCAUGUGGAGGGUUUGAAGGAGUUCAGUGGACCUUACAACACAAUGGUUGAAGUUCCUAUGAUUAGCCAUGACAGUCGGAGGCUGAAAGAAGCUGAGGACCUGCUCCAGACUUACAAGUUGAUUUUGUAUCGGUUGGAAGCCGUUGAUCUGAGGAGAAUGACAAAUGAAGAAAAGAUAGCAUUCUGGGUCAACAUACACAAUGCUUUGCUGAUGCAUGCUUAUCUGAAGAAUGGCGUCCCACAGAACAAUCUAAAGAAAACAUCCCUACUUGUUAAGGCUGCCUGCAAAAUAGCUGGACGUAACAUCAACGCUGCCGUUAUCCAGAGCAUUGUUCUUGGAUGUAACACACAUUGCCCCGGACAGUGGCUACGGACGCUGCUUUACCCAAGGAUCAAAAGCAAAGUGAGCAAAGCAGGGCAUGAGUGGCGAGCCUUUGCCGUUGCACAAUCAGAGCCUCUUUUACGCUUUGCGCUUUGUUCCGGCAGCCAUUCUGAUCCUGCGGUGAGGGUGUACACUCCGAAGCGGCUGUUCCACCAGCUGGAGGCGGCCAAGGAGGAGUUCAUCCGGGCGACGGCCGGCGUGUGGAAGGAGCAGAAGCUGCUGCUCCCCAAGCUCGUGGAGGCAUACGCCAAGGACGUGAAGCUCUCGCCGCAGGGCCUCGUGGACAUGGUCCAGCGCUACCUCCCGGAGAGCAUGAGGAUGGCCGUGCAGCGGUGCCAGCAGGGCGGCAGGUCGUCGGGCAAGGUCGUGGAGUGGGUGCCCUACAACCCGGCCUUCCGCUACCUGCUCGCUAGGGACCUCGCGUUCCCUCACCUCAGCUGACCCUGACUGUAGGUCGCGCUAAGCAUCCCUGGGCUGCUGGGCAUGGAGUAGUAGCUAGUAGGUGUUAGUAGUAUAUGCGUGUCAUAGGGCUAGAAGUAGAGAAGGGAUCAUGUGCAGUUUUUGUGUGGUGAUUAUCAACUGCGUAGCUUGUAAAGAUGCUUUUGUAGAUGAUGAACAGAAGAAACAGGGGAGAAGAAAUGAGAAGCACGUUUGACCAUUGACUCUU